AUGGCGUCUUCCGAUGCCAGUGACCCCAACCCGUACUACGACUACAAGCCUUCCAAAAUCGUAGCUGCGAUCUUUGCGAUCCUAUUCAUUAUCAUCACACUUCCACACAUCUGGAAAACAUUCCGAACACGCCAAUGGUUCGGUCUCACUUUUAUAGUCGGUGGACUAUUCGAGAUUUUCGGUCUUGCCGCACGAGCCUAUUCAAGUGAACAUCUGACAAAGAAGGGGAUCUACAUCGUCCAGCUUCUCUUGAUUCUUCUGGCACCAAUUGUCUUCGCUGCCGGAGUAUACAUGUUCCUCGGUCGCCUGAUCCGUGCUUCAGGACACCCAAAGCUCUCAAUCAUUCGCAUCAACUGGCUUACCAAGAUUUUCGUCGUCGGAGAUAUCUUCUGCUUCUUCAUCCAAGCCGCCGGAGCUACCAUGCUCACAAAUGCGGACAAGUCAAGCACCAUCAAGACAGCCCAGAACAUCAUCCUAGCUGGGUUGGGACUCCAAGUGGCUUUCUUCUGUCUCUUCCUCAUUGCUGCCGUUGUCUUCCACAUCCGAGUCUCCAAGCACGGUCUCUCCAAGUCUAUCGACCCCUCGCUUCACUUGCAAGCCAUGCUCUUUUCAAUCUACGCCUGCGGUAUUUUGAUCACUGUUCGAAACGGCUACCGAUUGGUCGAAUACAAGUCUGGUGAUGGCAAGGGUGGAUAUCUUCUGGAUCACGAGUGGCCCAACUACGGUCUGGAUGUUGGCCUCAUGUACAUCGUUAUGCUCAUCUCUGUGUUCUGGUACUGGGCUGAUACCAAGGCCCGGUACACUGCGCCUGACAACAUGAAUAUGGGUGCUGCUUACAAGCUUCCUGACUACGAUAACAACCGUCCCUAUGAUACGCCUUCUUACCCUACUCAGCCUGCUGGGUACGGCAAUGUUCCCCACACCGAGCCUACCGAGUACACUCAUAUGGCUCCUGGUGUCAACGCCCCCGGUACUGAGUACCACGGUGCUCACACUUGGGCUCCUCGACAGGAGGUUUAA